UGGGCCACUGGGGUAGCUGACAGCAGGGAGAUCCCAGCCCCUCGAAAGGGUGGCAAAACCAUAGAAUCGGAGGGAACUCGAGAUCUCAGCAGGGAUAGCUCCCACCUAGGAGCCUUGACAAAGUGAGAAAGCCAGUCAACCAGCUGGCCAGUCUAAGCAGACCUCAGUUUCCCUCCCUUUCAAAUGAGGCGAUUAGACUAGAUGGCGUUGGACAAGAUGCUGCCGUUGUCUGGACGACUCAGACUUGGACCAGACUCAUAAAGCAAGGGCUUUAGUCCUGAUGGCCUCAAAGAAGCCUUCCUGUGAUCCCGAGAACCAGUUGCCUGGCCCUUUCCAGUCUGGUCCAGACCACAGGAGCCGGGAUAAAUUCUAUCAGUCAAUAGUUGAGUCAAAGAGUCGCCAGGGAGUCUGGGGCCAUCAGAAGAGUAUUAGAUGGGAGCUCAGAAAACAGAUUCCUGCCAUUAAGGGGCUCUGUAAGUGAGGUGAUAGAAGACCCCACCCCCGGACCCCAUCUUUUCUCCUCUAAAUAAAGGGGGUGUUGCCUCCUCCUUACCGUCCUUCUGUCCUGGAACCAAUCCACAGUACUGAUUCUAAGACCAAAGGUGAGCAAGUGGCCCUGAAGAUCCCUUUGGGUUCUUACAUUCUAUGACCUCUAGUUCCAAACAUUUUGUGUUCCCGUUCCAUUCAGUGUUCUAAGGUCCCAUCCUCCUCUAGAAUUCUUGGUUCUAAGCUUCCCUUUAGUUCUGGCAUUUAAUGUCUCUUUCAGCCCUGGCAUCCAGUGUUCUAAGAUUUCUUCCAUCUUUAAUAGCCUAUGUUCUAAGGCCCAUUCUACCUCCAGUACCCAUGAUCAAUGGUUCUGAGAUCCCAUCCAGCUUGGGCAUCCCGUGCUCUGUGUUCUGAGGCUGAUUGAGCUCAGUAAUUCCCUGUUAAUGAAUGAGAUUGAAGGUUUCCCAGACCUCUGACAGCGACUUUGGGAAAAAGCCGGUCAAGCAGUGAUUCUCGCUAUUGGCCUGCAUCCUUUUGGCUGUGAUGCUCCUGGGGCUUUGGGCACCUGAGCAGACUGAGUGGCCAUGGUUCAGAGACUCCCAGGCUCCUUUGGGAGGGGGGUCGGCCCUCAGGGACUGUGGUUUUGUACCUUCAGGCCUCAUUCAUUCACCAUCAGUUCCUUCCCAAGAGAACAUCUCUGGUGAAGUGUUGGAGAAUACCGUGGGCAGAAAACUGGCAGGAUCAUCCCAUUGCAUUUGGUGGGUCUUGUCCAAAGGGUGGAUGCUGUUUCCCCAGACAUGGGUUCUGGGUCCCCAGAGGUAAGUGGUCCUGAAAAGAGCCAAAGAUGCACCCUUGGUAGCCAACUUGCCUGGAAGCAAUGGCAUGGACAUGGUGACGAUUGAGAAAAGCACUGGAUUUGGAGUCAGACGGCUUGGGUUUGAGUCCUGACUCCUACUAUUUGGGUGACCUUGGACAAGUCACUUCAGCUCUCUCAGCCUCAGUUUCCUCCUCAGUCAAAUGAGGGGCUUGGACAAGAUGAUCUCUAAGGUCCCUUCCAGCUUGAAAUCCUGUGAUCCUAUGUCCUCAGAAGGUCCCCUCCUGACUAAGGCAGAACUUGGUAAAGAUGGGGGAAAGCUCAUCUGGUUGAAUUCAAGGUAAAUGGAAAGCCAUCCAGUUAGUGAGAUUUACUGCUGCCCACCUACCCCUAAAUCCUCAGUACCCCCUUGUGCUGGGUUCAAGGGGGAAAGAUGGAGGAAAGAGGAAAUGGUCCCCGGCUCGGAGGGACCUCAGUCUAUUGAGGGAGACCCAGUCUCCUCGUUCCAAAAAGACUCCAAUCUCAUAGGGGAGACACAGACCCUAUCCUCAGAGGGCUCCCAGACCGAUGGGGGAGGCACGGCCCCCAUCCUCAGGGAGCCCCCAGACUGAUGGGGGAGACACAGCCCCUAUCCUCAAGAAGCCCUCAGACCAAUGAGAGAAACAUAGCCCCACAUGCACAGGGAGCUUCCAGACCGAAGGGGGGACACGGCCCCCAUCCUCGGGGAGCUCCCAGAGUGACAGGACAGGACAGACACAGCCCCCACCCACAAGGAGCUCCCAGAUUGAAGGGGGGACACGGCCCCCAUCCUCAGGGAGCUCCCAGAGUGACAGGACAGGACAGACACAGCCCCCACCCACAAGGAGCUCCCAGAUUGAAGGGGGGACACGGCCCCCAUCCUCAGGGAGCUCCCACUGGAAGACAGACAUGCCCCCACUGUCUUCAAGAAGCUCCCACACUGAAGGGACAGGUUCGACUUCUGUCUCUGGACACCUGGGGGAGACACGGCCCCCAUCCUCAGCAAGCCCCUAGUCUUUCGGGAAGACACAGUCCUCAUCUUUGGGAUCCACCAUCCCCUCCUCAACCUGUUUCCUCUUUCCUCCAUUUCUCCUCCUCAUGCCCAGUGCAGGGCUCCAUCCAUGGGGCAGGCACUCAGACCAGGGCAUCAGCAAAUGGAUAGAGUGACCAGGUGGCAAUAGCAUGGUUGACAGUCAGUCAGUCAGUCAAUCAAUCGUUCUUUUUUUCUGUUAGAUCUUCCUUUCUCAGCUCUUCUCUCCUUCCUUCUUUCCUUCCUUCCUCCCGUUCUUCUCUCCUUUCUUUCUUUCAUUCCUUCUAUUCUUCCUGCAUCUCUUCCUUUCUUCUUUCCUUUUCUUCUUCCCCUUUCUCCCUCUUGUCUCUUUCCUCCCUUGCAUAAAAUUUUGCGAAGCUUCUCCCAUCGCCCAGCCCCACACUGGGCUCCAUCGCAGCCGACACAGACCAGAGAAGCCACAUCUCUGCUCCUCAUGAUGCUGACGAUGCCUCUCUCUUUUCAGUCGCCACUUCGGCCAUGACGAUAGUGCCCGUUCCUUCCAAGCCCACCGAGGGGAAGGACGUCAUCCUGUCUGUCCAAGGCUAUCCCAAGGAUCUUCUGGUCUACGCCUGGUACCGAGGGACCGCCUCCGAGCCCAACCGCCUCCUCAGCCAGCUGCCCUCGGGAAACUGGAUCGCAGGGCCAGCCCACACCGGGAGGGAGAUGGGUUUUGCCAAUUGCUCCUUGCUCAUCCAGAAGUUAAACCUCACAGACACUGGCCGCUACACUCUGAAGACCGUCACCCUGCAGGGCAAGACGGAGACACUGGAUGUCCAAUUGCAGGUCUCAAGUAAGUUGCUCACCUCGUUCUUCCCAAGUGCACUGUGGGUGUUCUUCCAUGUAUCUGUCUGUCUGUCUGUCCUGUCUUCCACAAUGGGGACCUCGUGCUGAGGAAUGGGACUGUCAGCACCCCUCAGAUCAGGAGCUCCCCAAGGGUGGCCCUUGUCU